UUAUUUUAGGGAUAUAAUAAUAGACACAAACACAUGCUACAAAUUCUGCACUUUCAGCAUUGGUUUGUUUUAGUCUUUUAAGAUUUCAGUGUUUCAGAAUACAUGCAUUAGUGCUUUGCAGCAUACAAUCUUCAGCUACAAUAUUGAAACCACCUGUCUAAUAUUAAGCAAAGUUGCAAAUGCCACCUAAACAGUCCUAAUACUUUAAGGCAUGGGCUGGAAUAUCAGGAAUAUUAGUGUUAGUCUUGGAACUUGUGGAAUGAUACUUCCAUGAAUCGGACUUUUUCAGCACGUCCCAUAUAUGCUUGAUCAGACUGAGACCUGGGUAAUUCGGAAGCAAGGUAAACAUCUUGAACUCUGUCAUGUGCUUUGUGCCAUCCCUGAACAGUGUUUGCUGUGUUACAGGGAGUGCUAUCUAGCUAAAGGAGGCGUCUGGCAUCAGUGAAUUAUGGUAUUAUGAAGGGGUGUAUGCGGUCUGAGACAAUGCGUAGAUAGGCAGUAUGUCAUAGUAACAUCCACAUUAAUGUCAGGCAGGGUUGUGUAGUAAUGGAUUACAUGGAAUUUGUGAACUAGAGAUAACGAACUAAUCAGUUCAUAUUACAUUUGAAAAAAGUAGAAUCAAGAUUAUGCACUGAAAGAAAAUAAUAGGCAGUAUACAAACGGUCUUCUUUCUCACUUAAUGAGAAUGGCUAACAAAUUAAUUUCUGUUGCCAUGGUUAGAAAAGGGAGAAAUUUUUAAACCAGUCAGCUGGUGACAAAUUCUCAACUUCUGAGUAAAUCCCCUAACUAGCCAAAUGUGUCUUUAAAGGACAGUGAUCAGAUAGUGUGACCAAUACACAGACAUUCCUUUGACCAGUGACUAUAAAAGACCUUCUUAAAUUGCAGCUUUAUCCAAAUUACUUGAUGCCACUGAUGACAAGAGAAAAAAAUGGACAGGCUGUUGGCAUGCUGCAUGCCAACAUGUUAGUUAGGGCAAUAGCCAGGGUUAUCAAUGUCCACAACUCCACCAUUUCUCAUCAAAGAAAUCAUUUCAGACAGCAUGGUACAGGUACAGCUGGUACAACAGGCAAUCUGCUACAUGUUGUUCUCUAUGGAUGGUUGUAUCAGUGUAACAUUACAUGGUUCUGAUAUAGUUUUACUACAUUUCCCAACAUUCAUUCUGUUGCUGAGAUGCUAUUACUUACUCCUCUCUUUUUAAACUUAUGGAUAAGAAGUAAUAAAAUAUUACAUAUGCUACAGCUAUAUUUUUGUUCAGUAUACUUACACUGUCAUGGAUUGUUUCAUUACAUUUUGAUUCUAUCUUUAUUAAACAGCAAAUUUUAAAAUUCUGAAACUUUUUACACCAUAUUCAAUGCUAUAUGGCUGAGUGCAAUUCUAAUCCAAUACAUUUUGAAUCAAACUCAGGAAAUACCCACUUAGGCAAACGCAUGAGGCACUGUGCGUUUUGACAGCUUCUAAUCAGAAUGAAAAUUAAGGUAUUCAGCAGUUUGCACAACAGAAGCUUUUCUGUAGCAUCAGACAUCAUGGACCUGCCUCCAUGCGCAUUAGUAAGGCACCCAUGACCCUGUUAAUCUUCAUCAGUUGUCCUUCCUUGAAUCGCUUUUAGUAGGUACAAUAGCCACUGCAUACUUGGAACACCUGACAAUACCUGCUUUUUUGGAGAUGGUCUGACCUUGUCAUCCAGCCCUCACAUGUGGUCGUUAUGAAAGUCACUCAGAUCCUUGUGCUGCCAAUGUUUCCUAUUUCCAACACAUAAACUUCAAGGACAGUUCACUUGCUGCUGCAUAUUGUUAUUCAUAUCACCUGUGAAAUGUUUCAUUGUGGUGGCAAAUGUAAAUAUGUAUGCAUUUAUUAUAGAGUAAAGAGCUCCUCGUAAUUAAAAGGGAACCCCCACCAGUAGCUAGCUGACGUGCGUGUGUUUGUGUAUCUCGAAGAUCUGCUUUCUGCUGAGCCCAGAGUGUGACGUCACUCUCCCAGAAUGCAUGGCUUCCAGCGCGGCGCCCAGCAGUCCAGGCCCGAGUUCUAAUAAACAUCUUUAAAACUUGUUCUAAAAUGUCGAUGAGGAGACGGCAUGGAGGCUGGACGAAGAGCUGGACUGAGGCACAAUCGGUCUGUGAAGAAGUUGAGCUGCCUCUGUGAUUCAGCUGCUGGAACUGUGGUGUUCAGGGCUGCUGAAUACUAAAAUAAACGGAAAGCUGGAAUAAAACCAAUCUCAGGACACGCAUAGAUCCAGUCAGAGCUUCCAAAGUUCCUCAUUACAGCGGCCCUUUUAGGGUUGCUAUGGCAGCUGCGGUCACAGACACCAAGUGCUGGACACAGGCUUACCACAGUAAGGCAGGAAAGAUCAGUAGUCAUUACUGCAAGACACCAUCAACCAGUCAACAAACAGCACUUGGCAUUAAUUCUGCACUAUAAGUUAACUAAUUGGCCAUAGGUCUGUAGGCUGAUGGUCAACUCUCCUCAUGAGUCUUGUCUAUGUCUGCUCAGGCUCUUGGACAGAGUCCCUGUGCAGCAACAGAACCAACAUUGUUCCUUAGACCAUGUUCCACCAGCAGAGCCAUCUGAAAAACCAGCUACAGGAGAACGACCCAGCCAGCAGGCAGCUCUUUCACUGCCAGGAGUGUGGGAAGCAGUACAACACCCAACUAGGUUACAGACGCCACCUGGUGGCAGCUCACAGUGCUGCAGCAAGCCUCCCCUGCCCAGAGGGGGCCCCUUCCUUGCUGGAGCAGCUGGGUGGCCAUAUUGAACAGCCUCCACCAUCAGAGGGCAACACCAGUGUUGCUGCGCCAGUGAGAGAGAGGAAGUAUUCAUGUGAGCGAUGUGACCGCCGUUUUUACACUCGGAAGGAUGUACGACGCCAUGCUGUGGUGCAUACUGGGCGCCGUGACUUCUUAUGUCCACGCUGUGCACAACGCUUUGGCCGCAGAGACCACCUGACUCGUCACUUGAAAAAGAGCCAUGCUCAAGAGUCGGGGUUGAUGCCACCCUGUACUCCCAGCACUCCUGUGGCUACACCAGCCCCUGCCACUCAGUGCCCUGUAAAAGAGGAGCCCAGCCCUGUGACCUCUGAUAUGGGCUCUGUCUCCAAGGAGCCUGUUGAGGCAUUCUCCAGAGACAUGUACCCUUCCUACUCCAUGACCAAUCCUGUUCCUGGAAUGGGCCACUCUCAUGGCCUCAUGCAGGGUUCUUUGUCCUCGAGCAUGGGUGUGGGUCGCCACAUGUCCCCCUCUUCUCACCCUCAUCACCAUCACCUUCAGCCCCCGGCAGCUCCACAACAGCAGCCCUACAGCAACAUGUCUCGGUACCAGCACGGAUCUACCUCAUAUCCUCGUGCUGACGUGGACAGUUUCUUGCUGGACCUGCAGAGUGCCCCCCCACCUCACCUGAGUGCAGUCAACUCCUCUACCUCGACUUCUGCCUCCCCUCAGAGGGAGGUUCUGGGUGAAGGAGUAAAUGCUGGUGGUGAUUCCCAUCUGUUGUCCAGGAGCCCUGCUGUCUCCUCGUCUGAGCUAUCCUGCACCGCUAACAUGGACCUCGGACCUCUGCUGAGCUUCUUGCCUUUCAGCUUGCCGUCUUACAGCCCUCACAUGGGAAUGGGAGGGCUAGUAAUGAGCUAUCCAACUGCCACCACCACCACUUCCUCCCCAUCCCCUUCCACAGGGCUGUCCUCCCAGGCACCAGGGCCUUUUACCUUCUUCCAGCAUCCCCAGGCUCAUGUACCACAGGGCCCAGGAGCCCACAACCACAGCCAGCUACCUCAAACGUACAGCAGUCCUGCUAUGAGCACUUCCAGCUCACUACCUCACUACUACCAGGCCUUUCAGCAGUAAGCAGCUCUGUCCCAACAAACAUUGCCUUAAUGGAUUUUUUGUAGAAAGAGAGGGUAAAACAUGAGCAUGGCAUCUUUAUUGUCAAACAAAUGUUUAAGUUUACCCUUUCAGUUUUAAUGAUGCAAAUCUUAGUUUUUAUUGUUGAACACAAGUCACCUCAUCAGUAUUACCUCAUUAUUUAAAAAGCUUGAAUGUCUGAGGAAAUGUAGAUGAUCUCAUUACAACCAAAAUAGAGUUCUACUUCUUUUCGUUAAACCUGUUACAAUGGAUGCACUGUACAUUGUCCGGCAGCCACAUUAGUCACUGGUGUUUCACAAUGCUGAAAGCCAUCCAAUUUUUGGUGUCAUGCAAAAUGCUACAAUGUUGGGGCAUAUCUUAUCCUGCAAUGCAUCAUCUCUAAGAAGAGGCAACCUUCCUUACUGAAAUGGACUUUUUAAAAUAUGAGAGCAUUACAGUUGGUGAGUACAUGCAAACAAAUACACAUACUGAAUACACAAUCUCUGCAGCACUGUCUGUAUAUGACAACUGGAUGGUGAACUUACAGAAAGAGCUUUUCAUCCAGUCAUCCACCAUUACAUUAGCUGACGUGGACAAGUUCAUCAGCAGAUGGAAACAUAAAAUGUUACAUUUUACCAUUAACCAUUAUUUAAACUGUUGUGAAUUUUACCCCUUUCUGUAGAAUUCAGAUUAGGCUUUGUUAGUCUAUUAAAAAAAAAAUAUAUAUAUAUAUAUAUAUAAGUGCAGUCAACAGCGACAGACUGACUGCAUUGCUAACUGCAAAGCCAGACUGCAUUUGAAAAAUUACAUGAUGUGUUUUUAAGUAAUUGUCAACUCAUAAAUCAAAGAUGUCACACACUGUCUGGAAUUGCAGUGCAAAAGCAUUUGAGUAAGGUUAGCAACUGAAAUUGUGAUUUUAUAAAUGGAAAAAUUCACCAGCAGUUCCUCAAGACACAGACUACACUGGAAGCCCAAGGAUUUUUAGAUGCAUUUAUCUGAGAUUACAUCACUAUUGUGAAAAGUACCAAAAGAAACUGAAACAUUUCAUUGCUACAACCUGGGACUAAGUGUUUCAAGAUAUGGCCAUUCAGUACUGUGAUAUUUGAAUAGCUGUGGAUCAGCACUUGAUAAAUAUGGAAAUGAAAAACAUUGGCUGUUACAUCACUAGCUGAGAUUUGACAAUCCUUUCAGCAGAUGAAAUGUUUCCUCAUGUCACAAGUAAUUUGUAGAAAAUCUCCCGAAAGCAUAGGUUCACAUUUUUCUUCUGUUUUGUUGCAGUUAAUGAAGCAUAUGUAACCCUUAUGAAAUCAAGUGGGGUUCUUCCAAGUUACUCUUUUUAAUGUGAGAACUUCUUGUGGUGUUGCUAUUCCUUUGCCACAGCUCAGCAAGCAAACCUGGGAACCAAAAAAAACCUGCUGAUUUUGUACAGAGAGGCAUGACUGUAGAUCACUUAUGUUGAAGGACAUUACUAUGGUGUCUCUCAAUGGGCACCAUGGACAGGAUGCAUGAUUAAAGUAAGAGAAACGUGCCCCUAUACAGCUGUGAACAAAAGUUUCCGUAUACUUGUGAAGACCAUGAAUAUCAUUGCAAUCUUUAGUCUCUACAACCUUGAUUCCCAGAAAUCUUUCUUUCUAUGAUUGCUACUUAUUUGUCACAAAAACAAUCAUGUAUUUUGAUUCUUUGAUAGAUUUAUUGUAGGUCUUCUGGAAAUAUGACAAAAUCUGCUGGGUCAGAAAUAUACAAACUUAAAGUAUUGGUUUUGGUGAUGUAGCAGGUUGUGUCAAUCUAAUUUUCUUUGUGACAUGGCCUUCUUACUUCUCUUUAAUGGUUAUGAUUGACUACAGCUGAUGACUUCUCUGAGCCAAUUUAAAUACGGCCCAUUUGAUACAAAAUGCAUGUUUUUUAAAGUCUUAUGACAAAGGCGUGUUUCAAUGAUUCUAUCGGAGAAAAUAAGCAGUUAUGAAUCAAUGGAAAUUCAAGAUUGCCAUAUAUACUUGGUCUUUACAAGUGUAUGCAAACUUCUGUUCACAAUUACGUAUGGGCAUCUAAAUAUUGUUUGAAGAAUGAAGAUGAAAAAAUGUGAACCUAUUCUUUUAAGACAGCCAAUUGUGCCAAAACUGCAGAGAGUGAGAAUUGUGAUAUAUGUAUGUGUGUCACUCUGCCUGCUUGUCACCUUGUAUUUGAAGAGUUCUUCCUGUAUGUGGUGCAUAUGGAAAGCUCAUUCCAGCAGGGAACACUAAAGCACAUUGCAGCACAAUACAGUUAUAUUCCGAAGCAGAGGACGUCAAGCUCUUUCUCCCAUUUCCAUGUAUUGCAUAGUGGAAGGUGGCAAUGCUGGCUACAUAACGUGAUCAGGCGCCCUUAGGAAUAACAUUGUGGUUUAAACAAAAAGAACUUGCACAGCGCUCUGUUACUUUGUUGUUGUUGUUUUCAAACUGGACCACUGGAUCUGGGCAGGUUAUAACCUGUUUUCUGUGAAUUUCUGAGUUUAUUUUUUAAAAGAAUGCAGGAUACAUGGCCUUUCAGAGCACUUGUGCCCAUUUCCUACCUUUUUAUCAUCGUUACUGCCUGGCUUAGGAAAGCUAGGCAGUAGAGGAGCAGUUGGUUUGUUUAAAUUCAUUGUGUUUUUUGUUUUUGUUUGUUUUUUAUCUGUCAGUGCAACAUGGCGAGAAUAAUGGAUUGUAUCCAUCCACCUUCCAGUAAUGGAAAGUCCACGUGUGAAGAUGGUCAAGUGUUUUAGAAAUACCAGAGCAAUCCAGCUGUGUGUUGCAAGUGGUUAAUAUGAUAUUGAAAAGAAGACAUUUUGAAAGAGAAAUUGUCAAAUGAUGCUGUCUUCUGCCUUAAUUCCAUGAACUCUGUUGAAGGACUUUGUCAUUAGCAUUGUAAUAAGCUUCAAAGUGUUGCACCAACGUCUUAAAAUGCUACUGUUGUGCCUCUAAGAGUGUCUAAUCUCUUGACUGGGUUUAAGCACUUAUGACAUUUCUACAAACGGAUGAAUUUGAUCUGUACCUCAAACACACAGAACUGUGGGUUUCUUUUUUUUUAUUUGUCUUAGUUCUAGUUAUUUUGGCUCUUACUUGUGCCAUUAGAUGUAAACAAUAAAGGUAGAUUUUAUGAAUCUAAACUCUUUAUCUAGUGGCAGACAUUGACAUAAUUCAAAUUUUCUACCUCUACAUUGUCAUAUAUCUUUCUGUAAAAAAAUCAUUAGAAAUAGUUUUAACCUCUAACAGUUAGGCUGUUUUACCACUGAAGAUGGGGAUAUGUUCAAAAUUCAACUUUGAAGGACUGGAUACACCUUUUAAUUCUAUUGGUGUAUUUUGGAGUCGCCGCUCUCUAUACUCGUCUUUAAUUAUAUUUCUACUUAUUUACUACCUCAGAAGAGACAGGAGACUGUCCAUCUAACUGCAGAGAAAAUGUCUGUGUAGAGUUUUAUUUUUAUCGGAACAAGCACAUGUACUUUGUAGCUCUGUAGGCUUAUUUUUUUAAACUGAGGUUAGCUCACAGUAUAUUGAUGUCUAUUGCAGCAAGUACCACAUUGCCUAUUUGUUCACACUGCAUUUGUUGUUACAAUACUGUUUCUCUGUCUCUUCCGUCUGGAAUGUUUACUCUGUUUAUGAAUCUAAGCCUCUGUCUAAAGAAAUUACAUGGUUGCUUGCAAGGAUGUACAGACAACUCUUUGGUAUGAGCACUUCAUCUGAAGGCAUCAACAUUACUCAAUAUUCCAAAUUGAUCUUCCGUCUUUAUUAAGAAAAGCACCAAACAUUUAAAAGCAGUAAAGAUUUUUUUUUCAAGUAAUCAUUUGUAAUUGUUACAAAAGGCUGUUGGAAGGGAUUGUCUUACUAAUGGGAGUGCCAGACAAGAAGAUUAUCAUUUAAGAAGUAGAGACAAAUAACUAAUUUAGUCAUUUAGUUUAAAUUAUUACUUAAGCACUUGUCAAAAUGUGCAUGGUGCAUAUUUCUGAAUACAUUUAGAUGGGAUCAAAUUGCUACAAACAUGGUUGCUGGGGGGCUGCUCAGCGGCGUAGUGGUUAGCACUUUCGCCUUGCGGCAAGAAGAUCCCUGGUUCAAAUCCCGGGGUGGGCCUGUGAUCUUUCUGCAUGGAGUUUGCAUGUUCUCCCUGAGCAUGCGUGGGUUUUCUCCGGGCACUCCGGCUUCCUCCCACAGUCCAAAAACAUGCUGAGGUUAAUUGACUACUCUAAAUUGCCCGUAGGUGUGAAUGUGAGUGUGAUUGUUCGUCUAUGUAUGUAGCCCUGCGACAGACUGGCGACCUGUCCUGGGUGUCCCCUGCCUUCGCCCGAGUCAGCUGGGAUAGGCUCCAGCACCCCCCGCGACCCUAGUGAGGAUAAAGCGGUGUAUAGAGGAUGGAUGGAUGGAUGGAUGGUUGCUGGGCCCCAACAGCAAAUUUUAUCGAGUAGCAGCAGGUUAUUUGGGCCACCGUUUCAGUGAACCUACAACUCAGCGAUUCUAAGUCAUUAACAUGUUGCAGUCAUGAACUGGUGCAUGUGUGCUCUCCCUAGAUGUUUGUAGUUUGGACAGUGCUAAACACACGUUGAAGCAUUCCAGACUGAAAGAGAAGUGGAGCAGGUCAGAGAACAUUGCAUUUCAUUUCACGAAAUGAUUGUUCAGUCCUGUUGUUACCUGUAUUAAGGUGGGCUCUGAGAACCACUUCAAUGCAGUUUCACCACCUUUAACUUAGAUAAAUUUUGCUUUAGGUGUUUGUAUUACCACUUAAUAGACUAGAAGACAGUGAAAAGUGCAAAUAUUUGUCAUUUUCUAAUUAUCUGAACAUAAAGUAAUGCAAAAUAAAUCUUUAGAUUUACA